AUGCUGACGCGCGGCUUGGGCUACAGGUUCGACCAAACCCUGGACCACUUCAACCCCCAGGACACACGUACCUUCAAGCAGCAGUACCAGGUGAACAGGACGUUUUACAAGGCUGGCGGACCUCUGUUCCUCAUGUUGGGUGGGGAAGGUCCUGCAUCUCCCGAAUGGCUCGAGACCAACACGGCCAUUAUGCUGUACGCCCAGCAGCUCAAUGCAGUUGUGGCUCAGAUUGAGCACCGUUUUUAUGGCGAGUCACAGCCCUUUGAGGACUUGAGCGUUGACAAUCUUCGCUAUCUCUCCAGCGAGCAGGCUCUGGCGGAUGCAGCCAACUUUAUCCAGUCUUUCCUGGAGAUGAACGGCAUGCCGGCAGACACGCGGGUGGUCUCCUUUGGAGGCUCGUAUUCCGGAGCAUUGUCGGCAUUUUUGCGUACCAAGUACCCGCACGUCGUGUACGCAGCCGUGGCCACUUCAUCCCCCGUGUUGGCCAAACUGGACUAUGUGGAAUAUCACGAGGUCGUCGGUCGCUCCAUGGGUACCAGCACCCAUGGCCAAGCCUGCGUCGAUCAGAUCAAGGGUGCGCUCAGCAAGGUGGAUGCCAUGCUCGCUGACAGCAGCCAAUGGAAUCAGUUGGCGCAGGACAUGAAAAUCUGCUCUGACACCGACCUGAACGUUGACCUGGACAAGCAGACCUUUCUCUCCAACCUCAUUGGCAACAUUGAUGGCAUUGUUCAGUACAACCUGGAUGCCAAGUUUCAAGGUCGCCCUACCGUUCAGAGCAUGUGUGAUAUCAUGGCCCCCAUUGAGCAAGACUAUGAUGCCUUUGUUGCUCUCAACGCAUAUUUGCUGAACGCAAGCGAUAUGGAGUGCAAUGAUGGUAGCUACCAAAGCUUUGUGACCGACCUACGCAACACGUCGCUGAGCUCUGACUUUGCCGGCGGCACACGCCAGUGGAUUUAUCAGACGUGCAUGGAGUUUGCAUACUUCCAGACGACCGAUGCAUCAGACCAGCCCUUUGGCGUUGGUGUACCCCUGAGCUAUUUUGAACAACAGUGUGUGGAUGGCUAUGGGCUGCCCCCCGUUCCCAACGUCAACUGGACCAACGAGUUUUACGGCGGACAGCAGGUGGCAGGCACACGCAUCAUCUACCCCAAUGGCUCGAUUGAUCCCUGGCAUGCACUCAGCGUCACGUCCAAUACCACCAUCGAAGACACCCUGGCCAUUUUCAUCAACGGCACGGCCCAUUGCGCCAACAUGUACCCUCCCUCGAGCUCGGAUCUGCCCGGUCUGACAGCCGCUCGCACCAGCAUCCUCAACACCCUUCAAACCUGGUUGCACGCGUCGUCGUAAAAAGCUGACAAUCACGCCAAGCGCAGCAGCGCGCAAUUGAUUUUCACAAC